CACUGGUGGUUCAGUCACCGGGGUGGGAAUCUUUUCCUUUUUUCUUCUUCUCUUCUCCUCCCAAACUUUCCCUACGUCCUCAGAAAGUCAUGACACGACUCAGUGUGACUGGACGAGUAGAAGCCAGAAGGGCGGUGCGGAGCAGCGAGGAGGGAACCAGCCUGAACUCCAGCUGCAUGAAUCGCUCACUGAGCAGCCGCGAGCCAGGUGUUGAUUUGAAGCGCUGUGUGUGCUGAAAGGUCCCAAUCCUGAAAAAUGACUCAGUCUGUGCAAGUUAACCCAAAGCUGCCUGAUCUGCGCUCUCCAUUCAUGUACACCAGUCAGGAGGAGGCUGACCAGCCAGGCUCCUACUCCGUCCAGACUCCGUAUGGUUUCCAGCUGGAUCUGGAUUUCCUCAAAUAUGUAGAAGAAAUAGAAAGUGGGCACAAUCUCCGUCGGGGACCUGUCAGCUCUCGUCGCUUGGGCAGAGGGGUCAAACUCUCCCAGAGGAGUACGAGUGUGGGCGGGCGUACCAGUGGCUGGACUUCCACAGAGUCUCUUGCCUCCCCAUCCAGUGAAGAUGGCAGAGCUCCUCCACCGCCACCACCACCACGCAACCGCCUUGGGUCAGCACCCUGUGAGGGACUCUCUCUUUCUCCUGUAACCCUCCUCCCUGUCCCUCCACUGUCUGCCGGAGUCAAGGUGCCACCCCCUCCACCGCUGCGCAACCCCAGAGUCGAGCGGACUCUCCUGGAAACCAGCCGGCGGCUACAGCAGGAGCAAACCCACAAGAAUCAGAAUGGCGCACGAUUCCAGCUUGCAGAUCCUCCCAAACAGCUCUUACACUCCCCAUCCACUCAGCUUCUGCAAAGUAACUGGACUAAACCCAGUCCUCAGACCUCUGGGCGCAAUACUCCAGCUGCUGGCACUCCAAUGACUCCGAUCCCUCCCAGCCAGCUGCAGACAGUUAGAGAGCAAAUGGCUACCGCCUUGAAGCAGCUGAAGGAAAUGGAAGAAAGGGUAAAGGGUGUUCCUGCGCUUGAGAAGGAGGUAGCCAAGCUUCGUGCUGAGAAAGACAUGCUCCUGUUAGCCCUGGAGGAGAAGAAAGUAGCCAUAGAGGUGGCCCAGCAGAAGCAACAGUCUACAGAGUCUUCUACCCAAACCAUAGAGACCCUUCAAACCCAAAGUCAGGAUCCACAGACCUCACCAACCUCACCUGGUCACAAAGGCCUUGGAAAAUCUGUUGAGCUGAAAAUGUUGAAAGAGAAAUUUGAGGGGAAGGAAGAGAAACCUCCAGAACCUUCAUCAAAAGUUUUAGUAAAAGCUCCAGAGAAAGUUUCAGCUGUUGAGAAGAAAUCAGUGGCUACUGGGGACGAAAUGCCAAUGGACUCUGUUGUUUUCUACUACAGCCAGGGUGUGAAAGAUGCUUCUGUAGACACCAAGGUGAAUGUGUUUGAGAAAUGCAUAGGAACGGAGGCCCCUCUGGUUCAUGAGGAGGGAGUACAGGCCACGGUGGAGACAGAGGAAGCUGAGGUUUGGGUCAUGGAGUCACUACUUGGUCUGACCAGCGAGGCCCAGCGGGAGAUCGACACCUUACAAGACACCAUUAAAUUUCAGCAGGAGACCAUUGUGGCCCUAGAGGACCAGUUGAGUGUGACAGACAAAGACCUUGGGACGCUUCGAGCACAGAUGGAAGAGGAAGCAUUUAAAGUCAAGGUAGAGAAAGGGGUUCUUGCUAAACCAGUCACAGCAAAUGCACAGACAGAGACACUGACCACUGUGUUAAAGCAUGUUGCAGUUUUGUGCUGCCCAGAAGUGACUGAUGCAUGUGUAGGUGAGAUUUUGACGGCAGAUCAGACUGAUCAGGGGACCCAGACAGAUGCUUUACAGAAACCAGCAGAACCAGAUCCUGUUGCACUGGUCAGCACUGGGUGUCAAUGGGAGAACUUGUUUGAGGAAAAGGCUGGGGAGCAAAAAGUGACAGCCCCAAAGAAAAGACAAUUGACCAUCGCUGAGUACAAGGUUUCUCCAGACGAGGAGCUGAUCAGCAUGGCGGAGAUGCAAGAGGAAGACCAAGGACAGAAAACUGAACCCAGCAACACCAAUACAGGUAUGUUGAAAUCAAUCAUGAAGCGGAAGGAUGGGAGUAACUCGGGCGAGAAUCGCACCACCAGCAAGAAGAGCCUGCAGUUUGUUGGUAUUCUAAAUGGAGGGUAUGAGUCAACAUCCAGUGAAGAAGAAGAGGAGGAGGAAGAUGGGAGUUCUUCUGGAGAAAGUGGAGAAGGCGAGUGCUUGGACAGCACCGAGGAGGAUGAAGCAGCUAUCGAAGAAGAAACAUCUGAGGAGGAGAGAAACGUCAAUCUGGACGAGAGUGACACUGAUGAGGAAACUCUGAGAGCCGCAAGUUAUUCAUCUGAUGCUGUGAAAGAGAAGUUUGAGCUGAGCUCAAAAAUGCGUGAGGCUUGUCUCAUUGUAAAGAACCACCUGAACGAUGACGUUAAGACACUGAAGAGUAAGGAAGUGCUCUCCAGCACCCACACUGUGCAGCUGGAGUGGUUCCGUAUCUCCAGUGCCAAAAUGGCUCAGCCCCCGCGGGUCUCCGACUACCUGAUGGCGUUCUCGGAGGUGUCGUCAGUGCUGCUGGAACACGUCGUGAACAUGACCGACGGCAACGGCAACACGGCUCUUCACUACAGCGUCUCCCACUCCAACUUCAGUGUGGUGGGGCUGCUGCUGGACACAGGUGUGUGCUGUGUGGAUAAGCAGAACAAGGCGGGCUACACAGCCAUCAUGCUGGCGGCUCUCUCCACAGUGAAGGAAGAGGACGACAUGGCUGUGGUCAAGAAGCUCUUCAGUCAGGGCAAUGUCAACGCCAAGGCCAGCCAGGCGGGCCAAACGGCGUUGAUGCUAGCUGUUAGCCACGGACGCCAGGAGAUGGUGCGGGCACUGCUGGAGUGUGGCGCUGACGUCAACGUGCAGGACGACGAGGGCUCCACGGCUCUGAUGUGUGCCAGCGAACAUGGCCGAGCCGAGAUCGUCAAACUGCUCCUGGAACAGCCUGGUUGUGACAUUUCCAUCGUGGAUAAUGAUGGCAGCAACGCUCUGUCUAUCGCACUGGAGGCCUCUCACAAUGACACAGCUGUGCUGCUCUACGCACAUAUGAACUAUGCCAAGACCCAGCCUGCUGUGGGGAGUCCAAAGGCUGAGCAACGGAGCCACACCAGUCCCCAGAAGCCCUGGCCUGAAUACUGACCGGAUCAUAGUCGCUCGUAGAGGCUGACAGAUGAGCAAACAUAACUGGAUAUGAGCUAAGAAAAGCUCCACUGGAAUUUACCUAAAUAUAUAUAUAUAUAUAUAUUUAUAUAUUGCCAUAUGUCCUGCAUUUAUAAGUAUUGUUAAUAUGAGAAUAUUAUUUUUCCAUAAAAGUUGUGAAUGGUUAUUUUACAUACUUGACUAAUACGAACCUCUAGCAUGUCUAAAUGAGGUCUCCAUAGCUUGUGUUUUUUAUGGCAGGAGACGAGGCCUUACACUAAUUAUUUGCACUCCACUAAUAUUUUAAGGACAACACACACAAAGACUAAAGAACCAGCAACUAUUGUUUUCCAUGUAAGCCCACACACUGACGCAACAAUAUGUCACUAUCUCGCAGUGAAGCCCAGUUUUAUGCUCCAGAAAAUGUAUCAUAAUGACUUCCUGGAUUUACCUUUACUUGUUUUUACUUAACAAUAUUGUGUGUGCGUGCUUCUUGUCUGUUCUGCCGUGGAUAACUGAUCUGUGAAACUCUUCAUCUUCAUAGACUGCACUAACUGCCUGUGUAUUGUAUGUUCAUAUAAAUACAGUAUAUGCCUAUCAAAAUAAACAUAUUUACAUUAAA